UCCGUAUUCCCCAUUGGUUUAAUUUCAAAAUUGUCCUAAGUAAUUUCUGUCCCGGAUUGGGCCCCUGACCUCCAGAGACCGAACCCGGGGUGGACAUGCUCGAAGCCAUAGUGGUAUAGGAGCAUGGGAAAGUCUUCACACACACCCAAUAGCCGAUGAUUAAUUAAUCAUGUGCUCUAGUGGUGUCGUUAAACAAAACAAACUUAUCAAAGGAAGUGUCCUGCGGUGGAGGAUGGAUCACCGCAACAAAACAUGGACUGGUCUUUUGGUCAUUAUCGUAGCGAAUCAAAAUAUGUUGUAGCAGUCUAUUAGACGUGUGGUUGUGUUGAAAGUUUUGUAAACAAUAAUUGAAACUGGUAUUAAAGCAAAAACAAAAAAAGGUCAGCAGUUAAUUCCCUACCAUAAGCAACAUGUUUGUACCCACCUGAAUAUGAUCCAUCUCCAAGUAUGAAUCUUCUACCUCAGAGUCACAAAGAGUUUCUCUCCCCGGAGUACUGGGACAAGUUCUUCAAGAAAAGAGGAGAAAAGGCAUUUGAAUGGUAUGGUGAGUACCCCCAGCUGUGUGGGGUGAUACACAAGUGUAUGAAGCCACAGGAUAAGAUUCUCAUGGUCGGCUGCGGCAACUCGCAGCUCAGUGAGAACAUGUACGACGUCGGGUACACCAACAUGGUCAACAUCGACAUCAGCAGCAUCGUUGUGCGCCAGAUGAACGACAGAAACCACACUACACGACCACUCAUGUCUUUCGUCAAAAUGGACGUCACACAGAUGUCGUUCGUGGAUGAAGAGUUCUCUGUGGUGCUUGACAAAGGCACUCUGGAUGCUCUGAUGGUGGACGGCAGCGAUGCAGUGACCACCACGGUCAACCGAAUGUUUUCAGAAAUAAACCGCGUCCUGCGUCCGUGUGGACGUUACGUCUGCAUAUCCCUGAUGCAAGAUCAUAUUCUUAAGAAAGUCGUUACUUAUUUUACUGACCUUGGCUGGCCAAUUCGUAUUUAUAAAUUGCAGAUUGAAAAAUCAGGAACAGAGAAAGAAUUUCAGCUUCCAGUAUUUGCAUUUAUGGCAACAAAGUUCAAGAAAAUUCCAAAUAUGAAACAAAUACUGGAGAUUGCGAGUUGUGAAAACAAGAUUGAGCGUGUGGAUAGUUGUGAUAAGCUGAUAUCUGUUGUGAAAGAGAUGCAGUACUAUGCAGUUGUUAGACAGAAGAUAUCACAACGGAAACUCGAUGGCGAUCAACCCGUUAUUUGCCUUUACAGUGAUGUAUCAAGCACUCCGCGUUACACACUCUACAUUGUUGACAAUGAAAAUAAAUGUGCUGAUAAAUUUGCCAUAUUUAUUGCACCAGAGGGGAGAGAAUCGGACUGGAUAUUUCGUACUGAAACCGGUCGUAUAGAGCUUUCUGAGAGUGCUGGUUUUGAACGUCUUGUAAUCGUCACUCUGAACCGAAACCACGUUUAUAAAGAUCUUGAUUCAAUCAAGGCAGAAUUGUCGGAGAAAGUGAUGGAGCUGGUGCCACCAUCGUUCAAAGAAGGUGUUCAGGUGCCAUUCCUGUCAUUUGGAGAAACGUUUGGGAAUCGGGUUAUUCAGCAGGAAGGUGAGAGUGACAUCAGCGGAAAGUUUGUUGUCGAAGACGUGGAAACAGAGAGCCGCGUCAAACUCAGACGACUGAUGUUCCUCGCCACGGAGAACAUCGUCCAGUCAGAGGCAAGGCUAAUAAAAGAUCCACAGAAAACGUCUCAACUCGUUGUCGACAAGAGUUAUCUUUCUUGUGAGCAUCAUAUCUCUAUGAUCACAGGACUUGCAUUUGUAGAAGACUUCCAGCCAGAGGGAGACGAGGAACGCUCUGUGUUGCUGGUUGGACUAGGAGGUGGAGGACUAGCGGUUUAUCUUCAUCAAUAUUUUCCUACGAUUGCCAUGCAUGUGGUUGAGAUAGAUCCCGUGAUAGUGGACAUUGCGACACAGUGGUUCGGUUUCUCUGAAGACAACAGUUUGAAUGUUCACGUGGCAGAUGGUCUGGACUUCAUUCACAAGGCUGCUCAGGAAGGUCGCACGUACGACACAGUGUUGUUUGAUAUCGACAGCAAGGACAGAACGCUUGGUUUGAGUUGUCCUCCCAUCAGCUUUUUGGAGACAGAUUUCUUGAAAACGACAUCAUCGAUCAUAGCUGAUGGUGGUGUGUUUGUUCUGAAUCUUGUGUGCCGCGAUGAAACUUUGAAAACAGCCAUAAUGGAGAGACUGGGCAAGAUCUUCAGUGCAGUGUUCAUUGUGGCCAUUCAGAGCGAAGUUAAUGAGACGGUCUUCGCCAUUAAACGGGUGUCAAAUACCACAGACAAAACAACAUACUUAACAAACAUUAUGCAAACAGUGAAAAGCAUGAACUCGUAUAUUCAAGCAACGGCAAAGUCGUCUGAAAUAGAUCUGCUACAGGCAUUAGAUAACUUACAGAUCAGAUGAGACAGAGAGGUGCCUGUGUUUGCCACAUGGCCUACUCCCAGCAACAAAGCAUCAAGGGAUCUUUUACAUGCAUGCACUUUUCCAUGGACAGUAGAGGAUGGUGAAAUUAUCCAGCUCCAUAGAGGGUGAUAAUCUUGUGACCUGUGACCCCGCAGAUGAGCACUUUUCCAUGGACAGUAGAGGAUGGUGAAAUUAUCCAGCCCCAUAGAGGGUGAUAAGCUUGUGACCUGUGACCCCGCAGAUGAGCACUUUUCCAUGGACAGUAGAGGAUGGUGAAAUUAUCCAGCCCCAUAGAGGGUGAUAAUCUUGUGACCUGUGACCCCGCAGAUGAGCACUUUUACCACUGAGCUACAACCUUCAAUGGUGUUAAGAUGAAUAAAGUUUGUUUUGUUUAACGACACCACUAGAGCACAUUGAUUUAUUGUCGGCUAU